AUGUCCUUCCUGAACCCUGCCAGACUCGUGCGCAGGAAGAGCCGGGUCGAAGCUCCAGCACAUGACUGUGUCGGCUAUGAAGCGAAUGCUGUUGACGCUUACCGCCAGGAAGACCGCCCGUUAAGAACAGAGGACUACUGCGAAAACUUCGUCAAUCUGGUCGCCAUCUAUCUCACCUAUCUCAUCAUCCUCACAUCUGCGGCGGUUGCCAUCUACUUUUCCCUGCGGGGAGAAUCGUCUUUCUUACAAACCUACGAUGUGCAGAGCUACCCCAAUGUCGUCUUUGCGUGGAACGCUGAUCCUUCUGGUACGGCAUUACCUCCCGUCUCGGCUGCCGAUGGAGGUUCCGCGACAUGCAGCCCGGCAUUCUCAGCCAGGAGCUCCUAUCUAAGGUACUCGUGCACUUCAGUCGCCUCUGAUGGUCGUGAGAGCCUCAGGUUUCAACUCUACUCGACAGAUCUGGCGACGGUGACGCAUACUCAAUGGCGCGAUCCGAGGCUCAAGUACUCGGACAUCGAGGUGCCAACCUACUUCCUCACAUACUACUCUUCCUUGGACGUUGCAAGCCUCACAUCCAAAUUUGGUAGUUAUUUGACCACGAGCGUCAACGAUCUGCCUACGAGGACUCCUGUACUAGCAUCGGCAGCUUUUACCCCAUCAAUGACUGCCGGAACAGCCACUUCCACGUCGGCUUCCCUGCAGGCGCGCCAAGCCAGCGCUACGGUAUCGAGCGCAGCAUCAGCAGCAACGACUUCGGCGCGAUCAAUCACAAACCCCUCCGCUUCACCGUCUCUGAGGAGGAUCGACUACGGUAGUGCAUCCAUAUCGGCUGUUGCUGCUGGCACGAUUGUCUCUGCCGCGCCAGCGCCUCCGCCAACCACGACGACGAUCAGGAUCUACACUGCAAAGCUAGAGCAGAGCCACUACAUCUACUUCAUUGUCGUUGCAGGUCUGGCCGCACUUCUGGUCACUCCGACGACCAUACUUAUUAGCUACAAUCUGUCCGUUGCCACCAAGAAAGUCUUCCCGCCUGAAGAUCGAGCCGUACAAGCAGCGGCGACUGCGCUAGGAGCCGCUAUCACACCUGCAAAGGCCGAAUCCGAGCCAAGACAGGCAACAAGGUCGACUGUGCGAGCGAACGUCGGACCUGAACGGAAACGAGUCAAUAAUCACAGGAGGACCUCGAAUCAUGCUCGGACCACCACUUCGCCUGGCGGCACCAGCACUGCUGCAAACGGUGCGACAGCAGAACUUCCGCUCUUCCAGCUCUAUGGAAGUAUGUCUGCUUGGCGCGAAGGCAUGACUACCACCACCGAGGCGGCCAGCACUGUCGAUCAGAUCCAAGCGGAGCUGCCAGAGGUACCUCCGCCUGCGUAUCAAGAACGCGAUAGUGGCAUUGCAACUGUCACACAGCUGACAUCCCGGGCCCAUGAGGAUGAGAUCGAAGUCGCCAGUGAGCCAGACGAUGACUCGAACAGUACAUCUUCGAUAACCCCGCCCCAUGUCCAACCUUAUAGCCACAAUUUCCGACGCGAGCAAGAAGCUUCCUUUCAGCAUCGUCUUCGGCGGCGUGCACGGGGUCCUUUCGAGACCAGGACGGAUGGGAAACGGCUUUCCUUACGGCUGGCGUGGAUGAUUCUGCCAUCGUACGCCUUCCUUUUUUUCUGGGACGGAAUUGCGUUCAUCUUUCUGCCAAUUUCGGAGCUCGCAGCGAUUGGCUUGGCGGGCGAUGCCUUGUUGGACCUAGCCUCCUUUAUCAGGGCCGGAGGCUGUGCUGGUCCGCUGUCGACCAACGACGGAGUGUGGGAUCUGCAAAAGCAGGUGUGCGGAGCAUUGCUGGGACAGUACCCCAAUGCAUACUCAAGACCAAGGCCCGCGCUGACUCUGAUUCGAGUGGGUGGUGAUCUGCUCGCAAUCUUGCUCGCUCUUGUGGUGAUCUUCCUGGCGCAAUUAACCUUUCACAUCGGUCUGUUCCGAAAGUCGCAUCUUUCGGAAAGAGACGGCAUGGAUCCGAACGACACGCCCGGCCGCUACACCGGAAAGACCGAGUGGGGAUACAUUGCAGUAUGCGAGAAGACCGGCUUGCUAGGAUCUGCGUCGAAGUCAAUUACAGCAGUAUCACGACGUUUGACCGAAGGAAUGAAAUUUGAUACUCAAGGCGGCAAGCAAGUGCAUGUUAAGAUUGGAAAGUCAUCCCCAACUACAUGA